AAGUGAUUUCACUGUCGUAGACAAAUUUCCAUCGUUCCUGUAAAAUCAUGAGUUUUGCUUGAGUUGAGGCGCGCUCCUGUCAUCUCGAUCGUUUGGUGUAAGGUGGUGAUCUGAGCUGUUAUAAGCUGGUCUUUUUUCUCGUCCUGACUUUCCGAUAAAAUCCACCUUGUUUGAUAUUAUCAUAAGUUUUUAGUCUUCUCUCACGCGAAGAGUGAAGUGACAUGAAAAUUCUCCACAACCAAUAGACCUGGUACUACACUGAUCAUACUCUGACUGUUCACGUGCCUCCGCCUCACUAGCAACAACCAUGACGGCCAUCAACGCUCCUCGGGACAAAUACAAUGCAGUAUGGAUCAUUUUCUUCAUCCUGGGUCUGGGAACCCUCUUACCAUGGAAUUUCUUCAUGACGGCAACCAUGUACUUCACCAGUCGGCUGAAGGACCCACCCACCGAUCUCUUCUCAAAUCAGACAGCCAACGAGACUUCGGAGGGCGGAGACACUCGCACUCUGCUGGAGUCAAAGUUUAACAACGUGAUGACGUUGUGUGCCAUGGUGCCUCUGCUCAUUUUCACCUGCCUCAACUCCUUCAUACACCAGAGGAUUCCUCAGAAGCUGCGGAUCUCAGGCAGCCUGACGGUCAUCCUGGUGGUUUUCCUGCUGACCGCUGUAUUCGUAAAGGUGGACAUGGCCCCGAUGCCCUUCUUCACCCUCACUAUGAUCAAAAUUAUCUGCAUCAACUCAUUCGGGGCGAUUCUUCAGGGCAGUCUGUUUGGCCUGGCAGGGAUACUGCCUGCUUCCUACACCACUCCCAUCAUGAGUGGACAAGGGCUGGCCGGCACCUUCGCUGCCUUCUCCAUGAUCUGCGCACUGGCCACUGGAUCUGCCCUGCAGGACAGUGCGUUUGGUUACUUCAUCACCGCCUGUGUUGUUAUCCUCCUGGCCAUAAUGUCCUACCUCGCUCUUCCCAGGAUGGAGUUCUUCCAGUACUACAUCGAGAGUAAUGGCUCCAGACCCUCUGCUGAUGAGGAGAACAAGAUGGACUUGCUCAAAAAAGACAGUCCAGCAGAGAAGCGACCAGUGGUGAAUCUGAUGGGGGACGAGGCCAAACCCAGCGUGUCCGUGGUCAACAUCUUCAAACAGAUCUGGGUGAUGGCUCUGUCGGUGUGCUUCAUCUUCACCGUCACCAUUGGAACCUUCCCAGCUGUCACCGUCGAGGUCCAGUCCACGGUAGCAGAUGGAGGCGCCUGGAAGACUUACUUCAUCCCUGUAUCGUGUUUCCUCCUCUUCAACGUGAUGGACUGGGCCGGCAGGAGUCUGACGGCCGUCUGUAUGUGGCCGGGUAAAGACAGCAACUGGCUCCCCGUCCUGGUGGCUCUGCGCGUCGUCUUCAUCCCUCUCUUCAUGCUGUGUAACGUUCAGCCCCGCUACUACCUCCCUGUGCUGUUCAGCCACGACGCCUGGUACAUCAUCUUCAUGAUCUUCUUCUCCUUCUCCAACGGAUACCUGGCCAGUCUCUGCAUGUGCUUUGGACCAAAGAAGGUGCCGCAGCACCAGGCGGAGACGGCCGGGGCCAUCAUGGCCUUCUUCCUGUCCCUCGGCUUGGCGCUGGGCGCUGCAGUCUCGUUUGCUUUCCGGGCCAUGAUCUAAAACAUCCAGUAGAAGUAGACCAGACCGCCUUCCAACCACUUCCCCCCUCACCACCCUGAUGGGAGAAGCUGCGUUAGAACCACCGGACUGUGUGCUGCUCUACCACAACGUCUGACUGGGUGGAGGCAGCGCAGCAGGAGACCAGAGGCGCUCGGUCUCCUCGUCUCAUCCAGUCACCACGGCAACAUAAUGAGCUGAAAUGUUACUGAAUAGUUUUUAUUUCCUCUCCUCUCACUGGGUUGUUUUUGUUGUUUGUUUGUUUUUGUUCAAUCGAUGCUACUGAUCAAAGAUGCCUUUUCUCUUAAAAACCAAAAGAGUAAAGGAAAAAAAAAAAGUUUCCCCGGAUAUCAGACAGUCAGUGAAUGAAGACAAGCCUGUACACUCACUAUCCUCGAGCCCUCAAUCUCUCAAACGCUUUGCUGCGUAAAAAUGUAAUGUUAGAUUGUAUUAAUGAAACAAAAGAUCUUUUUUCCUGUUAGCAUUCACAUGAAGUCACGACGGCGGGUACAUGAAGUGUAACAUGUUUUAUGCCUGCGGCUCUGCGAUGCAGGUGUUAGUUCCGCCUGUCGACAAAACCUUUUAAAUAGAAUUCCCUAGAUUGUAAACUGUGAUCCUCCCAUGUGACUUUUUUGCACAUGGAACAUGAAACGUGACCAGGACGCUGCUCUGGACUGGUGCAGCUUUUAACUCGGAACAAGCCAAAUACACAAGGACAUGGGAAAAUGAAGAAAACUGAAGGGAGGUCAUGACCCGUGAACCGCUCCGCUUCCCUCCAUCUACUUCCCUGUUAACUCGGCCAGUUCCGCUUCUAAGCAUCGGUCGGUUCUCAGCGAACGUAACGAUGGACUGAAUCCUAAAGAUGAAGUUGUAAUCAAUGAUCUUCACCACACGAGUCACAGCUCCCUGAUACGACGCGGUAUUUGUGGUCGACGUGUCGCCACGACGUGCCAUUUUGACUGAGACUUUUUCUCUUGAGUCUGUGCCAUUUCCCUUCAGUAGGAUAAGAUCUAUACCCGAAGUAGUUAUUAGCAGAUUAUUUGUUUUAAUGAAUGACGGCAGAUAAAAAUCUGUCUGGCGUGAUAUUUUUUGUCUCUUUUUGAUGCUACUUUUUUUUAUUAAGCCUGCUUUAGUUCUACACAUUACUAUUACUCAUCAUAACAGCCUGUUUGUUUAAAGAGCAAAGCGUUGGUUCCUCCGUUCUUGGAGUUUUGGUCCAUGAGAAUGUUUCUCAUAUUGCAGCUUAAAAAAGUUCGUUCAAAUAAAACUGUAUUUUUAAA